AUGUCAACGACGUACCUUAGCUCUCAAGCGCCCAACCAGAGCUACCUAUCGACGGCUACCUACGAGAAGACAGACCCCUCGGAGAUGGAGAGGCAAAUUCGCGUUCUGCUUUUCGGCUUGUGCGUAAUCAUCGCUGCUGCUACCCUUGUCGGAGGUGUGUAUUCUCUGCUCUCACUCCUCCGGUUGAGGAGAAAAAGCUCCUUGUGUCUUAUCGUGGCUUCUAUGUCAGUGGACGACCUCCUCAGUGUGGUCCCUCUGUCCUUGUUCAUGCUCCUGCAGUGGGAGAGAGAUGGAGGUGGAUGGUCGGGCAGCCUGUGCACUUUAUCUGGACUUCUGUACGUGUUCCAGGGUGUUUCAAGCAAUAUGAAGGCAUGCCUCAUAGUAGCUUACACUUUUUAUGUCACCAAGAGAUUUGGAGUACUCCAAUCUGUCCGCCGGCCACUAAGAAUGAUGUGGGCCAUUGCCGGUGUGUGGGCAGUGAGCCUCGCCGUCAGUGUGUUACCUUUGUGCGGAUGGGGAAGCUUUACGCCUGCCCCUCUCGGGUGUUUCCCAGAGAGCGACAGUUUUUACACCCUGAUGUUGUUCUCUUUAUAUUCCAUGUGUUUCUGCGGAAUGUUAUUUUUCUUUACCCCCCUCACCUAUCAGCUGCUGUGCUCUAGGGAGCCCCAGAGGACUUUACUGUACCCCAGCUAUUCGGAGAUGGCGAGGGGACUGAGUGGCUCUGCCCCCCUCUGUGACCUUCCUUCUUUUUCCCGGGACAGCCUAAACAAAAGUUUCGGGGCCUACAACGAGCUGAGCCCGAGUUCAUGCGGGACGAAGAUCGUGGAGAAAGAAGACAGUGGUUUGUCCCCAGUGUCUGUCAGCGGGCAGAGGACAGCUGCUAUCGGGGAUACACCAGUGGUGUUUGCACAAAAACGCUUCUCCAUGAUCCUUGCGGUUGUCCGAGUUAUUUUAUGGAUGCCAAUGAUGACGUUGGUGCUUGUGCGCCACGCAGUAAAUGCACGCAGCUCAUCCCUGGAGACGCUGAGCUUCUUUCUUACUCUGCUUGCCCCUGCGGUCACUCCAUUAUUCGUGCUGUCUGAGCGCUGGAUCCACAUGCCAUGCGGCUGCUUCAUUAACUGCAAACAGGAUCCAACGCAGGAACCCUCAGUGAUGAAAAGAAGAUUUGAGUUCAACCUUUCCUUCCAACAAGGCUAUGGAGUCUACAAGUUGUCACAUGCCACUAUGCAUCAUAACAGUCCACCUCUUGGGAAGCCUGACUUUCACAGCUUCUUUAACUGUGACUUCCCCAAUACCCGCCUUGAGACACUAGAAAGCGGCGGGCUCCUCAGCCUAGGGCCUGAUUUUGAUUUCAGCACCACAUUCCCUGUGGACAGCUCCUCUCAAGCAGACCUUCCAUUGGAAGCAGUGGCCAGUGGAGGAGCGGCACUGACUGAUUGUCUUUCACUUCCUCAUGAACACCACGGAGUUGAAGGCGACCGCUGUGUCCCUUCGCAUCACAAGGAGCAGGAUCACAAUCUCACCGAUACGUCAUUUGUGUUCGAGGGCCCAGAGAGGAGGCUGUCGCAUGAGGAGUGUCGGAAAAUCGAGCUGACAGACUGGGAGUGGUGCAGGAGUAAAUCAGAGAGAACACCAAGACAGCGGUCAUCAGGUGGUCUGUCAAUACCCCUGUGCGCCUUUCAGGGCACCGUAUCUCUGCAAGCCCCCACUGGGAAGACCCUCUCUCUUUCCACCUAUGAAGUCUGCAGUGACGGACUCAAAAUCUCCCCCAACAAUGCCAAGAAGGUGGAGGUGUAUCGCUCCAAAUCAGUAGGCCACGAGCCCAGUGCAGACGAGUCAUCAUCAGGAGGCAAGGCUGGAGACGUGAAUGUCAGCAGUGUAGGGAUGGGCGUGGGGAUUGGACUGGGGAUGGGCAUCGGAUCUGGUGUGGGGGACACCAACGUGAAGAUCCACCUUGAGGUGCUAGAGAUCUGUGACAACGAGGAGGCCAUGGACAGUGUCUCCAUCAUCUCCAACAUCAGCCAGUCCUCCACCCACACCCGCUCGCCGUCACUGCGCUACUCACGAAGGGAAAACCGCUUUGUCUCCUGCGACCUUGGGGAGACUGCUUCCUACUCUCUGCUCAUCCCCAGCAGUGGCAACCUGGAGGCAGAAACCAUCAAUAUCAACAUACCUGACACUGUAGAGGCUCAUCGGCAGAACAGCCGGCGGCAAACACAGGAGAGCUCGGGGUAUCAUGAGGAGAUACAGCUGCUCAACGAGGCCUACAGGAAGCAAGAUGGGGAGAGGGAAGAGUGACGGAGAUAUCCAGGAUAACAAGAAGUGUCUCUUAGGAACAGCUUGAAAGAGCCCCUCUGAUAGCAAAUGAAAGACACAUUUUCUAAUCAUUCCACAUUUAUGUAUUUUAUGUAUAGACCUGAGAGGUGACAAAAUUAGAGACUUUAUCCUUUUUCUCAUAAAAAGGCUGCACAGUGUCAGGAGUUUCCCUUUCACACACUCAACAGGAUAUUGUCCAUAUCAGAAACAUUGUCACUAAAUGGAGUCCAUUAGCCUGGGUAGAGCCUGCAGGAGGCCAGACAAAUAACAGACAGAUUACACCUCGUUCACAUGGAUGGUUCGUAAUUUGUCGUAAUUUGACAGAAACUUCCUGCAUCAGUCCUUGCACACAUAACUCCCUGAAUCUCAUUGUAUUUCCAGUUUCUCCAAUUUCAAGCCAGCCACGA